GGUGUUGCGAUGCAGACUGUUUGCCUCGUCCCCACCGAGAACACCAUUUGGUUUCCCCCGGCUGGGUCUCUAUUUAGGUACGCUUCAUGAACGUCCAGUGUCUGGACAACUUCUGGGCACUGAUUUUCCCCAGGUGGGCAGGUCUGUGAGAACUAAGAGGUGUGGGUCUUGACUCCGUCCCUGGCUCAUCUUUGGACAGCCCACAGAAGGAGGGAAGAAGUUUCGGCGGCCAGGCAGAGCCGGGCUGCUGGAGGACUCAGGGUUCUCUCCGGUUCCGGGCAGGCCUGAAGAGCUAGCAGCUGGGCCACGCGCAGAGCGGAAGAUGGGCAGUGAUGAUAGCAAAUGUAAACAUGAGAAGUUUUAAAACUGCAGACACUAAAACCCAGCGAGGCAGGCACCUGCAACCCCCACCGCUGUAACAGUUUCAGUUACCAACGCUCAACCACGGUCCAGAAGUACAUGAGCCUCCCUCUGAUGUAUGGUCAGAAGUCAACAGUAGCCUAACCCUACGUCACAGUGCCCACGUCAUUCAUCCCACGUCAUCUCAUCACAUAGACAUUUUAUCACCUCACAUCAUCACAAGAAGGAGAAAAAAAAAUAAAAAGAAAGAAAGAAAUCACACUUUGUAAUUCCAUCUGGUCGACAGGAAGCUCUAGUUUUGCAGCAAGAGGACUGCUCUUCCAAAAUCAUCCCCCAGAGGCACCCCCUGGCUGACCAGGGACAGUCUUCCUAGCUGGCGGAUGAUGCAGGGGAAUAAGAAGUGCACGGACGGGUUCAGUGAUUCCUCGAGCAUCGGCAGUGUGCUGGACGAUGCAGACAGGGAGGUGAGCAGCCUCACAGACCGGGCCUUCCGGAGCCUGUGCAUCUCAGAGGACAUAUCCUGCAAUGACUCCAACCUGGCUCUGUCCCCGGAUAUCACCCGCCAGGUGUUUGGGAAUUUUCCCCAGGGAACAGUGAUCCACACCCACAGGAAAAGCAGCAUCUGGAGCCAGUUACCGUCGCAAGGCACAGAGCACACAGGCUGGGCGGCCACAUUCCAGCAGCUCCCCAAGUACGUUCAAGGGGAAGAUAAGUAUCCCAAGAGCAGCCCGCCGCUGACACCAGCCCAGAGGAGACUGGAGGUGCCCGUGUCCGGCCUGAGGAGCAACAGCAAGCCUGCUUCGAAAGUGUCAUCACUAAUUAAAUCCUUUGACAGGACUGAGAGCCAACCUUGUGACAGCAGGCCUCCGACCAGUAAGCCCCCGGCUCUCAAAAAUCCGCCCAAAUUUGCUCCUCUUCCAGAAAGUGGUGUCCACUUCUGCUUCGAUUCUGCCUUUCUGACGGUCAGGAGGGUGCCUGCUGAAGUCUCUGGCGCCCACCAGAAUAGCCACCACCAGCCUGGCAGGAAGCACGGAGAGCAGGAGUCCCCCAAGAAUCCCGAAAUGGCCUGUCACGGCUCCAGCAGCUUCCUCCCAACACCCGAAAACGUGGCCAACUCGUUUGAGUCCAAGUUCCCCUCCCCGCCCCACAAGCCAGCCAAGGGUGAGCCUGGAAGAGGUAAGGAGUGGCCCCGCAAAGGGACCUUUCUUCAUAGCGAAAACAGUGCUUUUGAGUCAUGGAACGCCCACCAACCGAGGCUGCCAGAGAGAAAGGAGGCCGCUGAGCCCGUCCCAGAGACCAAAGCUCCCAAGCAUUACGAUGACACGCCCUUGUUAAGAGAGCCCCCGGCCCCUGAGCACAGGGUCUCCCCCUGCCACGCCCGGGCCAGCUGCAGCCAGGAGGUGAACAGGCUGGCUGCAGGGGCUCUCACCGUAUCUGGACCCUGGGGAGCUAGGGAUCCAGGAGCCCAGGCAUUCGCUGUGGAGGGAAAAGCUUCUAGCUUACAGCCUGACCCUCAGGUGAAGCCGACCCAGCCCCCAUGGAGGAAACCAAAGCCUGACAAAGGAAGGAAAGAAAGUCUACCAGAUGCUUCAGAAGAGAAGAAGCAGGUCACCAGAAGAGGCCCAGCCUUGUAUACAAAGCACAAUCCCCAGGGACAAUUUCCAGAAAGCAAGGCUCUUGACCUGCCCAUGGACCCCAAUGAGCAUUAUAGUCCUCCUUUUAACAUCAGUAAGCUUCUGACCCCCGUCAUACCCACCAAGCAUGUCCUGGAGCCAUCCGACAGCCAGCCAGGGGAGAUAACCCCACCACCCCCAGGGCAGCUAAAUGGAUACCAAGAGAAGGAGCUCAGUGAAUGUCAGUCUCGGGACAGCUACAAAUCCAAAGCGCCCAGCCUGCUGUUCAACCUUAAGGAUGUGCGGAAGCAUGUUAAAAGCACAUACAGCCCCUCACCCCUCUUGAAAGGCCUUGAGGAGAAAACCAGAGGCAAGCAAGAACCCGUGAGCAAUGGUGCCAUCCUUCCCAAUGGGCUGGAGGAGAGCCCUCCAGAGGAGAUGGCUAAGGAGACACCAGCUGACGGCCCUUCUGGGUCACACAUCAGUACCCAGAAGGACCCUAGGGCUGUCUCUGGUGCAGCCUCUGCAGAUAACUGUCUAACUCUUAGCUCACCUCCAGCUACCACCCUAGCCCCCUUCUGCAUCAACGGGGAGGGAACUGACAGAAACAGUGACGAGAAGGACAAUGGAGAUCUGGAGAUGGGUACCACCGGGUCGGGCAAGUGUCCGGACGCCGGGGAACCCUGCCCUAGAAAGCACCUGUCCCUGAGGCUUUGCAGCAGAGAGCCUGAGGCAGGGAAGGCUGCAGAGAAACCAAAGAGCCCCAGCCUCGAGAAGGGCUUCUUGAGAUCCGUGUCUCAAGAGACAGAACCAGAGAGAGACGCAGGACUUCAGAAUCCAAACUUCAACCAGAAAUUCUCCCCAGAGCCCCUCUCUCCAGAGGAAGAAGAUGUGUUUUACAGUGACAGCCAAUCUGAUUUCAUGCCAGGCUUCAAAAGUAAGGCCAAGUUCAGCACCAGCUCUUCAGACCAGUCCUUUGCUUCAUUUGAAGAUCAGCAGAAAACGUGGUUCACCGAGAGCCAGCAGGAAGACAGGAGGAAUGACAGAAGUGCAGGAGACAGUUGGAAGGAUGAGAAGGAGAAAACGAUGGCGAAAGAGGAGCUACAGCCCUGUGCCCUGAGUAAUGGGCCCACGUGCAUGCAGGAGCGCAGCAAGAGGGAAUCCUUGCAAGGAGAAGGGGGAGGUUUGUCUGGAUAUAGACCCAAGAAGGCAUCGAGAGAGGAGGCUCACUUCAGAGGCACUUGGAUGGGGAGAAGUAAGGAUACAACCAAAGACCUUACCCUCUCACCAUCUUCUACUUCAAACAAGCACAUAUUGUUUGCAAUUAAAGACAAUACCCUUAGGGCCACCCCCGUAAUAAAACCCAUCAUGCUGCCCCUCCUGAGGACCAUGUCAUCAGCGGACCCUCUGGGCAGCAGCCACAAAGAAGACAACUUGCCAAAGCCAAGCUGGGGAGAAGAGGCUGGUCUUGAUGGCCCCGAGAGCCAGGAAAUGGCCAACACCCCGACCCCCGCUAGCAUGCAGGACACACACUUGAAGCACACAGCCUGGGAGGGCACGGAGGACCACGGACAGGUGCCUGGCAUGGCCCGGACGGAGACUUCCCAGCCAGUCCCAACAAGAAACAUCCCGUCUCCUCCACUCAUGGGAGAGGGCGAAGGGCUGAAGCCACCCCCAGAGACUGCAUGUCACGUUGUGGCAAAUGAAACCAAGAACAGUUCCAUGGACCAGGGGAAGCUGGAUGCUCCAAGGUGCAUCCCCACCAUCGCUUUGCCCCAAGGCGACCCAGAAGACCAGCCACCCCCACGGCAGCUGGGAACGUGUUGGGAAGAGCACACACAAGAUUUCAAAAGUCACUUAUUGUCCACACCCAGAGCAGGGCCACCAGGGAGAAGACUGGUCCCCGGGGAGAUGGCAAUUUCCCCUAAUGCCAGCUCCCUGGACGAGAGCAGCGCGUGCUCCCCGGCCACCAGCAGCACCUGGGACGAUGCCUCCCAGGCCCCCACUGAGCAGGGCCUGCUGCCAGGGGAGCCUCAUCACCCCAGCCCCUGGGCCAGCCUCUACCCAACCAGGGUCGCCCGUAGGGAGGACCUGACACACGCCCUCACAUGGGAGGCCGGCUCAGAUCCCCAACUUGAGCCAUCCACCGAAGACCUCAGGACACUUUCUCCAAGAGGUUCGGUGCUGGACAUGGCCACCAACUCAGCAGGCCUCCCUGAGAAACCAGAGCCUCCUGCUCAGCAGGAGAGGGCAGCCGGCAAGCCCCCGGCAGUCCCACCCAAAACAGAGAAGGCCCUGCGGCGGGCCAAAAAGCUGGCAAGCAAGAGGAGAAAGACCGACCAACUGCAAGAAAAGCAUGGUGAACCUGGAGAAGAAAAGCCCUUCCUGGAGGACUGGGAGCAUAGGCCACCAUCCCCCGGAGAGAGGCCCCGAUACAGGUUCCCCGAGGUCCGUUCCCUGCCCCAUCCCAUCCACCGCCACUCAGUGUCUGCUUUAGAGCCACUCAGGAGGCAGCCUGCGGGAUCCCAGUCCGGUAUGCCUCUGGCCCCUUACCCUGCCACCCAGAAGGUCCUCCAAGACCCCCAAUCUGGAGAGUACUUUGUCUUCGAUCUGCCACUCCAGGUGAAAAUCAAGACCUUCUAUGACCCAGAGACAGGCAAAUAUGUCAAGGUCCCCAUCCCAUCCUCUGAGGGGGGUUCCCCCGAGCAGCCCCCGCCAAACACACCUGAUUCUCCCUACAUGCUGUACCCCCACUUCCGGCCCCUGCCCUUGAUGCCACUGCGCUGCUCGUCUCAGCUCUCUGCCCCCACCUUCUUCAGGCAGGGCCCGCACACCCCCGAGGCGGCCGGCCCUGGGUCCCAGAGCAUGCAGCCAGCACCUCCCCGGUGCCCAGGGGUGGAGGGGGGAGAUGCUCCACGCCUGGGCAUUAUCUCUACCGACGACCUAGAGGACUUUGCCACAGAAGGCAUUUCUUGAGAAUUACAGCAGACUAACCCCCCUCAAAUAAACCCAGAAGAACUUACUUCCCCUUUCCACCAAUCAAUCACUCUCACACACACACACGCACACACACACACACACACACACACACACACACCAACACAUACUUAGCCAUGUGGGAUCCCUAAAGUCUCAAAGGAAGUGGGGAUUCUGAGAAAACCCGACCUGAAGGGCUUCCUGGGGCUCUCCUCCCUGGGAGGGCACUUUUGCAUGACCGGGUCCCUCCCAAGCCCCUUCCCGGAUCCUGGAUCUGCUCCCUUUCCCCCUUCCUUCUCCCCUCCCUUACUGCCUGUCCUCCUCUGGCCAUGCGACUGGGGUGAGUCCAGCCUGAUUCCUAAUGGCUGCUCUGCUCGGGCACCGCACCUACUUCUUCUCAAGGGCCGGCUCAUGCAGUGAGCCAACUCCCAAUCUCCCAGAAACGCUGCACUGCACUGAGCGCAGCCCUGCCCAGCGAGCAGACCACCCGGCCCAGCCCCUCCAGGUCCAGCAGGGCACAGAGAAGUGCCUCUACCCUCGCUCCCGUGCAGUAACCAUUUUCAGCUCACUGCAGGCAGAAAUGGCUAAGGACUGCCCCAAGGCAACCCUGCAGAAAUGUUUCUUUGGAUAGAGUGGGUUUUCUUUACUGAGGAAGCUUUCCUCUGAAGGCUAUUUUCUGAUAAAGAAAAGGCUACCUUUUAAAA